AGGACGAGAGGGGAGGGUAGGGAGAGAGCAGGAUCUGAGACAUAAACACUGAACGCUGUUAAUCCUGGCAGAGGAGGGACACAGAGACAGCGAGGAGGACUGAAAGUGAAUACAAUUAGCAGCGGAUAGCAAUGGGACGCAAAGCAGAACUGCACGAUUCAGUGUUCGGAGAGCCUCGGAGAUUUGAUCCAACGUUCAAGGGACCAAUCCAUAGCAGGCAUUGUACAGACAUCCUGUGCUGUGUGCUGUUUGUUACUGUGAUUCUCGGUUACAUUGUUUUGGGAGUUGUCGCUUGGGUCCAUGGAGAUCCGAGGAAAGUGGUGUAUCCGACAGAUAGCCGUGGCCAAUUCUGUGGACAGAAGGGAACUGUCAAUGAGAACAAGACCAUUUUAUUCUACUUCAACAUCCUGAAGUGUGCAAGCCCUGCAGUCCUCAUCAACCUACAAUGCCCAACGAAACAGGUUUGUGUUGAGAAGUGUCCAAACCAGUUUGCCCGAUACUUCGAUGUGAAAAACAAUUACCGAUGGAACAAAACUUCCUGGGAAUAUUACCGCCAGUUUUGUCAACCUGGCUACAGCAUUCCUCGAAAGUCUGCUUCCCAGGUGAUUCGAGAUGAAGACUGCCCAUCAAUGAUUGUUCCCAGCCGACCCUUUCUGCGCCGUUGCUUUCCUGACUUCACCACCAAGAACGGAAUUCUGACGGUGGCCAACAAGACCACGUUCAAAGAUGGCCAGGGCAGAACCCGCAACGUGACAGACCUGCGGGAUGCAGCUAACAAGGUGACCAUCAUCCGCCACGGACCUAAGAGAGGAAUAAAUUAUGUCCUCGAUGCCAGGGAGAUUUGGAUGAAGAUAUUUGAGGAUUACACCAACUCUUGGUACUGGAUCUUAAUUGGGCUGGUCAUUGCUAUGAUCGUCAGUCUCAUCUUCAUCCUCUUGCUCCGCUUCACAGCCGGGGUCUUGUUCUGGUUUGUCAUCUUUGCCGUGAUCGCGGUGAUUGGUUAUGGGAUCUGGCACUGUUACUGGGAGUACAGCAGUCUAAAGGGUAAACCUGGCAGUGACAUCCCUAUCUACGACAUUGGUUUCCAGAUGGACUUCAGGGUGUAUCUACAGCUCAGGCAGACAUGGCUUGCCUUUAUGAUCUUUCUCUGCAUUAUUGAAGUGAUCAUCAUUCUGAUGUUGAUUUUCCUACGGAAAAGAAUCUGUAUUGCAAUUGCACUGCUCAGGGAAGGAAGCAAGGCCAUAGGAUAUAUCAUGUCCACUUUAUUCUACCCAAUCAUCACCUUCCUGCUCCUUGCUGUCUGUAUUUCCUAUUGGGCGAUCACAGCUAUAUUCCUGUCAACAUCUGGUGAAGCUGUGUACAAAAUUAUGACCAAUCGGGGUCAUUGUAUAUAUGCAAAUAGAACAUGCAAUCCUGAGGUAUUUAACACCAGCAAUGUCACCAAGUUGUGCCCGGGUGCUCAAUGUGCCUUCGCUUUCUACGGCGGAGAGAGUGUUUACCACAAGUACAUCUUCAUUCUUCAGAUCUGCAACCUCUUUGUCUUUUUGUGGCUGGUGAAUUUUGCCAUUGCACUAGGACAGUGCACACUGGCUGGUGCCUUCGCUUCCUAUUACUGGGCAUUCAAGAAGCCAGUGGAUAUACCAACCUUCCCUCUGCUCGCUGCAUUCGGUCGUUCCCUGAGGUACCACACGGGCUCAUUAGCAUUCGGAUCCUUAAUACUAGCCAUCACCCAACUCAUCCGGAUUAUUCUGGAAUACCUGGAUAAUAAACUGAAAGGUGCGCAGAACAAAUUUACCAAGUUCCUUUUCUGCUGUCUGAAAUGUUGCUUUUGGUGUCUGGAAAAAUUCAUCAAAUUUCUCAACAGAAAUGCUUAUAUAAUGAUUGCCAUAUAUGGUAAAAAUUUCUGCACAUCUGCAAAGGAUGCCUUCUUUUUACUGAUGAGGAAUGUCGUGAGAGUCGCUGUGUUGGAUAAAGUGACGGAUUUUCUGUUGUUACUCGGCAAGUUGUUGAUUGUUGGAGGUGUUGGAGUGCUGGCCUUUUUCUUCUUCACACACAGAAUAUCGAUCAUUGCUGGCGAAGCCCCAUCAUUAAACUAUUACUGGGUUCCUCUAGUGACGGUGAUAUUCGGGUCCUAUCUAAUUGCACACGGCUUUUUCAGUGUCUAUGCAAUGUGUGUGGAUACAUUGUUCCUCUGUUUCUGCGAAGAUUUGGAGCGUAAUGAUGGAUCAGCUGAGAAGCCUUACUUCAUGUCACCUGAACUGCACAGAAUCCUGGGACGUUAUGAGUGGAGCCCGCGAAAGGCGAAUGGAUAGUUUGCUUGUGCCGGCCUCGUGCUGUACUCAACCCCUUGCCUCACUAUCUUUUGAUUAAUAUAUAGAUUAUAUAAUCAGGCACCCACACUCCAUCAGAAAGAUCCUCAGUGUAAAAGCUCUCUUCGGUUAGCAACUAAAGAGUUUCGGGAGCUGGUAAACAUUUAACUCCCUGAGUAGAGUUUUAGUUUUUGAAAAGAAAUAACUUUUUUUAAAGACAAUAACAGCAUUUUGCCACCACACACAGAUACAUGUGUGUGUCAUGCAUUCCAUGUCCUGGAAUGUUUUACUGGAAAGGCAAACAAGGAGCUGAAUUUGCAGCCACUCGCUUUCUCACAGAUGAUCGGAUCCAGCUUCAGUGCAAAUUGCCACUAAUUACCAUAAAGGAGUGUGGUAACUUUUAAGUGGGGAAUAUAUUUGGCAUUGAAUAUUAUUGAAAACUGGGGCACAUUGUCGAAACAUUUUGUCUCGCACUCUACAGGACAAGCACGAGAAUGCCUCAUUUCAAAGCAUCACAAUUUAUGUUACAGGAAAGAUUACUGAUUGGUUGACACAUUGAUUCUCAUUGGCUGAGGUGUUGCUGUGGAGAGUGAAUGGGGAAUAUCCAGGCUCUCGCAGCCUCCCAGAUAAUUCGACAAAAGCGCACAAGUCUUGAACAUGUUUCCUUUUCUUUGCGGAGACUGGGUUCCUGUGGAUCAAUGUACUUCAUUUUCACAAGCAUAAAAAACCCAUGUUAGAAGAUUAAAUCCUAAAUUGGUUAUUAGUGCAGCUAUUAACACACCUCAGACUGUCAGCAAGUGCUAUACCCUUUAAUGGUAGCACAUUUAACAGCAGAGGCUAGAUGUGGAAAAUGAUGUGGAAUGUGUUCAAGCAUCCAUUGGCCAAUCAGGAUCAACUUUGACAACCAAUCAGUCCCCUUUCUCUCCUGUUGUGAUUGCUUGAAAUUCUAUUUGUCCUGAUGAAUGCAAGGCAUCAACCUGCAGCACCAUGUCUCUGUAUCCAGUGAGAUUCUCUGCCCUAUUGAGUGACUGAUUGUAUAUCUGGCCUUACAAAUGACCCAGGGCUGUGACCCACAUAGUCCUGGGAUUUAACCUGUGAUCUUUCCAUGUUCCUGUCACACAACAGGAAAUUCUAACUGUAUAUAAAGUCAAAAGACUCUAAUAUGCAAUAAAAGUCUGUACCAGGACCAGUCGAGAGGGUAGAGGUAGGGAAGGGAGGGGGAUUCAUUUCCUGGUUGCCACUCCCAUGGGUCAUGACCCUGCCACACCCUGCCCAUGGAGUGAGACCCCACCUCUUUACUGAAUCGUAGCUAAGUUGCCUCACGUGAGGACUGUAAAGCCAACACUUUUAUGGAACAGUCAAUGGUUUAAGACCCAGUAGGACUCCUUUAGAGCGUGGUUCAGCAAACUGCACAGCUGCACAGCUUAUAGCCUAGGGGUCAUAUGGCUCUCAAAAGAGGUCAAUAUUGAGUUAAAUCCUCAACUUGCUCGUUACAAAGAGGAGAACAUGGGAUUUUCCUUAUUAAUGUGGCCCAGCUAUAACACCGUUACACCCCUCCGACCCUGACCCCCAUGCUGUGGCUAAAUCCACUGAUACUGGACCAUAAAUUCCUGGAGUGACCACAGUGAGCAGUGAUCACGGGAUCAUUCUGACUGUGCAGAGAUAAGCAGCAAUUUGUGGUGUCGGUUGUGGUUCACUGCGUGUUGCUAAAUGGCUCAUGUUAAUCAGUGCCUGGGAUUGUGAAAUCGUGAAUAUCUCACUAAGGGUUUCCCAUUGAAAUCUUUGUCCUGAGUUUCCCCUGUUGUUGGGGGUUAAUAUAUUUUAUGUUAUAAACAGCCUGUGAAUGGGGAGAUCUAUGCCCCCAACAUUUAAACUCAGGCAGUCCAAGCCAGAAAAGGAAGAGCUGCCAACAUGAAAUCUCAUUCUUACAAUGCACAGGCCAUUUGAUCCAUCAUGCCAGUGCUGGCCUUAUCCCACUUUCCAGGCCUUGGUCCGAGCUGUGGAGGUUACAACACUGACAAAGGUCAGUGACUGCCCACUCCAGCAAUGUCCGAGUUCUCUCUGCAGUCCCGACAUUAUCCUGGACAUUUCUGCUGAAUGUCAACACAAACCAUUAGCUUUUUAUUGACCGGGUACAUCAGGGCACACCCCUGAUGGAGGGGAUGGGAUUUGUUUCUCUGAUAGGAGGUGUGGGCAUCACUUACAAAGCCAGGGAUCUGUUCUCCAUCCCUCAUUGCCCUUGAACUGAGUGGCACACUUGGCACUAUUUCACAGGGCAGGCAAGAGUCAGCCACAUUGCUGUGAGUCUGGAGUCACAUUUAGGCCAGACCAUGUGAGGACAGCAAAUUUCCUUCCCUAAAGGACAGGAUGUGAACCCAGAUGGGUUUUGGCAACAAUCCAUGACAAUUUCAUGGUCAUAACGAGGAACAUUUACCUUGAGAUUUAAUCAGUUGAAGUUCCACCAGCAGCUGAGAUGGAUUCGAACCCUUGCCCCUAAGCUGGGUCUCUCGGUUACCUGCCCAAUCACACUGCCACCAUCUCUCUUCAAACAUCUAUCAUUUAAUAUAGAUGUGACCAUCAGGGGAACACUGAAACAGAAGGAGGCCAUUCAGCCCCUCAAGCCUGUUACACAGGAACGAUGGUUCAUGUUGAACUUUCAAGGGGCAUUCAGCCUCUUGAGUCUGUUCUGCCUUUCUGUUGGCUGGUGCGUGAUUGGAUGUAGAGCAGAUGCUGCAGUGUGUCAGUUUGAAACAACUCACCCCAUGCAAAGGAAACCCACUUUUCUAAUGGGUGGGGGAGUUCUCUCCUGCAUCAAGACAUGGUUAACCUUUAGAGGGUCCACAUAUCUGAGUGAGGGAAAGUAAACAGGCAAGAAGAGUAUCAUAUUUGUGUCCUUCGUGUGAUUUGAGGGCACUGGCAAAGUCGGCCUGUAUUACUCCCCCGCAACUGGACCAUGAGGGAGGGAGGCAGGACAGGGAGAGAGUUUUUGAAAAUGGGGGCAAUUUGGAGGGUGGGCUGGAGUUGAUGCUCCAAGUGAGGUGCAAGGGAUGAAAGAUCAGUAAGGCCCACCACUGAAAGUGAUUUUAGCCACUGUGUGUGAUGAGGAGGUCAGGCAAUGAUAACAAAUCUGUAAUAUAUUUGCCUUUAUAUAUAAAGUGCAGGGCUACACUCUUGUGUAUUUUUUUUUACGAUUUAGGAUGGAUAUAGUUUUAAUAAAUAUAUUAGGAAAGAAAAAAAAAACAAAAAAUUUCAUUGCUAAUCCUGAAAGCAUUUGUACACGAUGUAUGAAUGUGAUGAUUUUGGUGCUGCUUAUAUUUAUAUAUAAACUCCAUGUUGUACUGUU